CACACACAGCACCCUGAUUCAAGAACAAGAUUUUGGGCAGACAACGAUACGUAGCAGUAGAGAAUGCUGUCCUGGGAUUCAGAGACGCGCUGCUAUAACAGAUGACACAUGUUUAGCAGCGCAGCGCAGCAUCCGUCAUGUCGUCUCUUUGCAUCUACUGUUCCACGCUGCCUUUACUCGGAUGCUGACAGUGAAUUGAAUCGUGAUUAAGAAAACGUUGGUAACAACGCAGAUAUAUUAUUACCUGUGCCAGGGUACUAAUGCCACAUGAUGUCAGAAGAAAGUAAUAUCUAUUGUUUCAUAGAAACUAAUUUAUAGUGAUAUCACCAAAGAAUAGAGUGCCAGCAACCUAGAUACCUACAUUAUCUUACGUGGAUAAACUUUGAAACUGGCUUGUUAAAAUGAAUUUAUUUCUACCGAAGAUUCAUACAGAAAUUUAAUAUACAUGCUACUUCACUUUAUAAAGGUUUGAUACACAGAGCUGCGAAUAAGAAUUCAGUUAUACAUUCAGAAUCAAUACGUCAGAUGUUGACUGUGAAAUAAAAGUAAAAUUUUCACUGUGGAACUCUGAAGCUAAUAUGGAAUCUUCUGAAACUGUAUUAGCAGGGGAUGCUUUUUUAUCGUCAGAGCAAUGUCCUGUUGAAGAUUCAGCUGGAAGUCUCUACCCAAAACAUCAUGACAUCGAUAUGAAUCUCAAAUGUUGUUCUCGUCAGGACAUACGUUUAAUGGUUGGCUAUACAGAAGACUGUUACACUGCGACUCCAGGAGGUGCCAGUAACGGACAGUAUGAGUAUAAUGGGAAUGCGACUAGUAACUCCCAUUCCGCUAAUGAAGGAUUAGAAGUCAGUUGUCAAGGCAUUAUGCUUGCUACAAAAUCAGAAGACAAUUUACAUUCUAAUGUAGAUGAUUCAGGAACGGAGUUACAUCAUUAUAAUAAACUUACCAACAACGAAUGCAUAUUGCCCAUUGUCAGUUCAAGAGUACAGUCCGAUCAUGUUUUAAAAACACCGAAAGAAUACAACGAAGUUCGUAAUGCGUUUUCAUUAUCGCUUGUUAAUAAUAGCGGAAACUUUGAUACAGUGUAUUCUGCAGUAUCUCCAGAACAAGAGGACCAUUCUGUGUUGUCGACAAAUUAUGAAGAACUGUGUCCUGGAGAUUUGUUACGGGGAGUCAGUGGUUCAGUACCAGAAGUCUGCUUGCCGCUUAGUGUGGACUGCACGGAAUAUGACGAAGGGAAUAAAACACAAAACAAGAGGAAACAGAGGAACAAGAAAAGGAAACGAAGGUCAAGGGGAGUGGAUAUGCAGACCGAUGACCGAGUAGCUGCUCAGGAGCGCCGCAAGAUGGUAGCAGUUGUGAGUGUGUUCGCCGCCGCCAUGUUUCUCACAGCGGUGCUCCUUAUUGUCAUCAGCUUGCACAUGUCACAGAGUUCGAACCCUAAAGGAACAAAACUGAACGAAAAUCCUUAUCGUUGAGUAGAAGAAGUACCAAGUAGACGACAGGUUGUCGGCGGAGUCUAUGGGGGUUGGAAAAACAAAGCAGCUGGAUGUCAGGAACCUGCAGUCACCAAGAUUAAUCAGAUAUCAACAAGUGAUAAGCCAGGGGAUAGAGGUGAAGUUACAGUAGGUGGUAGGACGGGGAUUAGUGCAAAUCCAGUCAGAUUGUGAUUAUAAAGAGACACCGUAUUACGUAGUUGAGGAUUCUGUUAAAAGAACGGUGUUUGAUAGUGUCAGUGUUCACAGUUCUUGAAAUCAUGUUUCUUGCACUGGCAAUUCUGAUGAUAUCGGCCACCCUCAGCAUCGGAGCAGGGGCCAGUGAUUCUACGUAAUGCGUCCGUAGCGUUCGGUAUGGGAGGAGUUCCGGAGAAUAUCACAGCUGGUGAUGGUGAACACGGUGACCACAGUCUUCUUCCCGAUGCAGAGAAUCACCUUGGCUCGGAAACAAUGAACGACAGAGACAAUAGUUUCAUCACUCAACAUGUUUAACAGAAGAUACUAGUCAUUCAGCUGCCGACAACGAACAGCUUGUGCUCUUGGAGACCAACAACUUUGCUUUGUCCGCAUUUCGUCAGGUACAUCUUUCUGCAUUAAUCGUUCUGACAGAGGUAGAAAAAAUUGCACAUACUCCGCCAGAAAAUAGUUGAAUUAACUGGAAAAAUACUUUAGUUAUUGAUGUUAAAGUGAUUUUUGGUGGUAUGGAAUGGGGUAAUACUUUCAAGGGACAAUUCUUUGAUUUCAGUAGUAAAAUAUUUCUUGUACUUUCAAAGAAAACCUUAGUCUAAAUUAUGUUUAAUAAUUCCAUUCAUACCCCUAACUCAUCAAAAGUACAAAUAUGGUCCUUACGUAAAGUGUAUCUUCUUGAUGUGAAAAACAAAUGACAUCCAUAAACAGACUUAGUAGACAAAAUGGUGAGUUAAAGGAUUUCUACUCUAAGCGGUGUAUUUAAUUAAUGCUGCCCUAUAGAGGGUUAAAGAUCGCGUGGAAAACUGAAAAUAUAUCACUGGUGUACACAUGUUACAGGUGUAUGUUUGUGACUUACUUACUGGAAAACUGAAGUGUUGUCUACUAAUCUGUUAGUCAUUAGUUAGUUAAAAUGUCCUUUCUCUGUACUUACUCACUUAAGUUUUCUGGAUCAACUCUAUGCCUUUUUAUCGUACAGAUGGACUGUGUUGUGGCAGUUUGAACACAAUAUUUCGUGUUAACUUAAUAGUAGGCACAUUUUCUUCCUGCCUGUGCGCGCUGCUCCGGAAGUAUUUGUUCCUGAUCCUCUCCACCACAGACUUAUGGCAAUAUUAAAGUUGCAACGUUUCAUAGUUAUUUACUUACAAGUGUCCACGGUAGUGAUUUUUUCUUUAAAUAAGACUCGUGAUCUUCUGUUGAAAAAUAUCAUAUUUUUUCGUCAUUGAGGAGAAUAAUCGUGUAAUCUUCUGAAGUUUCUGUAUCCUAUAGCACUCAAACAGAAUUGUCAAGCCAAUUUAAGAGCCGUUCUACUAAAGGUAUUUGGUAACAACUUGUGGGAACAUAGCGUAUCAUACAGAGUGAUAGAAAAUAACACGUUGCUAUGAAUUUGCAAACGGACUUAAUUUAAUGUCAGUUUGUUAACGAAAUUUAUCAACCUUUUUUCAUCAAAUUAUUUACGACUUUCUGUCGUAAGUAAUGUCAGUCAUCUUCUCCGAAAACAUGGACAAUUUUCCUCUUCUCUGUCAACUUCAUUUGUUGAACAGUGACUUCAUACAGCAUGCGUAGAAAGGAUUAUAUUCUCUUAAAGGCUAUUCCAAUCACGUGAGACAUAUUUUGUCAUCAAUGAGAACGUUGCCUAUUAAACAGAACACAACAAAUUCAUCUGACAUACAAUUUUCUGACAAUCUUCUCUUACGGUAAGAAAAUGGUUGACUCAGAAUAUGACAUACGAGUCCUCAGUGGGAAAUAAGGUGAAAGUAACAAAUUUUUAAAUGUAAUCUUGUUGUUCACUCACCUUGCUGCGUGUUGCUCAAAUAUUUCCUCCUGAACACAAGUGUGACCACUCUGUCACACUGGCUAAUUAAAUGCUUUUGGUCAAGUUAGAUACGAUGUCACGGCACAGAGGCGGGGACAUCUAAACUUACCAGAAACAAAAUCUUAACACCAGUCGGUGUAUCAAGUAAGACGGUCAUCUCGUAUAAGUAUUCAGUCAUUAACCCGAAGACCUGAUUUUAGCUCAAAUUAACUUUCAAUUUCUUUAAGGACGUAGGCUAUUAAACGAACAUACAGAAUUGUUUGGAUUGAUGUUCCGGUAUGUAAUUUCCGGCCAAAUUUUUAUAUAAAAGGUGUUGUAAAUUUGUUACAGUGUUUUAAUGUGGUUUUGUAUUGUAAGAAAAUAAUUAUAUACUGGUGGAAGAUAAGUAUUUCAAUUAGAACCGUUUCAUCAGUUAUUUACCUGUGUGUAGGAACAACAGAUAAAUGUGUUAUGUUAAGUGAAAUGCCAAGAGUGUGAAGCGGCUAGUUUUAGUACGGCGUGUAUUAGAAUAAAGACAUAAUGUAACAAUUCUUUCAAUACGUUGCGUCGUUAAGGAAUGUUUUAUUAGAGAAGUUAUUAAUAUAUAAAUUUACAUGAUUACGAUUUUAUUUAACAUAAAGAAAAGUAUUUACGAAAUAACCUCAAUUUAGUGUUCGUACAUUGUAGUGGGUGAAUUCAAAGCAUCUGUUACAUUUUAUCUGUGUCAGUCGGACUUUAAUGCCCUGGGGAUAUUAUUUUGUAUGUAAUUGGCCCAAAUCCUUUGUAAUAAGGAAAGUGUAACAAGAACCAUGUUGAAAGAAGGCCUUAGCUGGCCGCACCGGCAUGAGACUUGGGAUCCUCAAACUGGUAUACCGCAGCGACUGCGCCGCCGGGCUCCGACGGCAGUGCCAAGAUGAAGCCGAGUUGCCAAGUUGCCGACAAGGCUGUGUCCACUGAGGACCUUGAACGAAACCUCGUCAAACAAGGAAACGAAGAAGACGAUGAUGAAGAGGAAGAGAAGAAGAAGAAGAAAGACGCGUCCUCAUCUGGUGGAAACAGCACCGCCGUAGAACUGAUGCGCUUAGAGGCCGUUCUUGCGGCACUCGUUGAGAGUAAAGUAGUAGCAAUAAAGGCGGCUUCAUCCAGUAAGAAGUCAGCCAUUAAUAACAUCCUACGCCCAAGGAGCCAGUCCACAUCUCACGGUCUCCGCCAGCAACGUCUAACCUCCACAUCUACAACAGCUUCUUCGUCGCACAAGGAAAACAGUUAUCCGACGCACCAUCACCAUCAUCACAGGCAUCAUCACCGAAAGAGGCAAUCCGACAGCGUGUUAUUGGCGUCGGGUUUGUUCCCCAAGAGACGUCAUCGGCAUCACCACCAUCACCAUCAUCACCACCACCACCACCAUCACAUUCGUGCUGAAAAUGGUGACGGAAAUGGUGGCGCUCGGCCGAAGGUGGAUGAAGAAGCAGGUUGCAGGCUGCUGGAACAGGAGACGGCUUUCGGAGGGAGCACAACCACUUUGUCGCCUCCCACAGCUGGACCGUCGAACAGCUGCCAGAACGGGUUCCCUCUUCACUACGUUCCGCGGAGGCAGACGUCGUGCUGCCCCAGUCCGACACCCAGCAUGCAAUCAAAGAUCCUGGUUAAUCGCUGCAACGAUGUUGAUUACGUCUCCCUCAACAUGGAGAGAGCAGCAGAGGAGGAGGAGGACGAGGAAGACAGGGAACACCAUCUGAACGGACUGGGGGAUGUUGAAGACAUCGGGGUUGGCAGACCUUCACUACAGGAAGCGCAGAGGAAACGCAAACGCAAGAAGAGAAGAAAGAAGAAACUCGAUGGUGAAGGCAGAGCGCGACGAGGAAUGGGAGGGGGAGGUCUGGACGCCGAUGACCUGCCAAAACGAGCCCGCUGGACCAUUAUUGCUACAGCAUGUCUCCUUCUCCUCAUGAGCGUCCUGCUAGUUGGCGUCACCCUCCGCAUGGCGCCCAUCAUCGACGAGAUGGUUCGAAAGGAGAAUGAAGAAAUGGUGAAUGCAAUUAACAGGGAAGAAGGGGGUGAAUACAACGAUACAGCUACAGGGAUUGCUACAGGCAGUAGCCCUAUGCCAUUGGGCCUCUGAUGAUCCUUUAAAUUCAUUCUCAGCAAAAUAACUCUUUGGUGGGAUUUGGACACAAGACAGUAAUGUACUCUGAGUACAGUCAAACCUGUUGUUUACUGAUGAAGAUAGUAUAAGAAUUUCUGAACUGCUGACAUUUGUCUGAGUCACCUGUGCAUCUUCCAUAAUUCGAGGCGUGGAUAUAUCCAAUAUUAUAAAUCUCAUGAGCUUCAGAUAUUUUUGACAACAUUUUGUUAUGCCGAAUAAAACCAUAAUAUUUAUUCUGGAUUUUGCAGAAGUUUCUUGGGGUAAUUUUCCACAAAAACAUAAUAUUCCUUUUAGCUAUUUCAUUGUUUAACAAGGCUGCAAUGUUGAAAAUUGAAACCAUUACUAGAGAACUGGGCUGCUUCUUCCCAGCUUUGUGCCUAAGAUCAUUGUAGUAAGGAAACCAAUCUGGAUGGAUGCCAUGUUCAUCACUGUUGCUCACAUAUGAUGAUGCUCUUCUCAAAGCAGUGCCUGAUGUGAAUUGUAGUUGAGCUUAUGAUUACAUCUUAGAGAGUUUCAGGUGCAACUGUAUAGACAAACACUGUUAGUUACUUCAACGUAGGUUCAAAAAUGCAUCUUGUUUUGCUAGAAUGAAGACAUAAUACAUAACUGCAAGAAGUAAUCAAUCCAACCUUCAACAGUCUUCCUAUCAAGGAUUAGUGUAUUGUUACAUGACUACAUGACUUGAAAAAUGAAGGUUGUUCAAUUUUAUUUACGGUGGAUUCCGGUUAAUUGGGACACAUCGAGACCAGAACACUUUGGCCCAAUUAAGCAGCUGUCACAAUUAUGUGAAGUUCCACGUACAGAGUUGAAAAAGCUUGUUCUUUAAGAUUUAUCCCAAAUAAAUGGCUGCCCCGAUUAACCGACGGCCCAAUUGACUGGAAUCUACUGUACCUAUAUUUCAUUUCAUAUGGGAAUCAGACCAUGACAUAUUCUUAAAUCUGUGACUGAAAAAGGUGAAGAGAAACAUUCAGCAACAGUAUAUUUGAUAAAAUGUGUUUGGAUAUGUGGUCAUGAUAUUAACUUAGAUUAGUUUUACAUUGAAAGGAACUAAAAUAUCCUUAAGAGACUUCAAUGUUUGUAUUUUCCCUCUCCCUUCUGUAUACAAGCAUACACAUAUUGUUAAUGUAUUUUAUGUGCAUUGUAGACUCUGGGUAUAGUAUAAAUUCAAACACCCAUAGUAUAGAUAAAAGCAGACUGGAAUUGGAACCUCAUAGACUUUUACCCUCCAUUUUCACUCUGGUUUUGUAUUAAGGAAAAGGGGCCUCCUCUGCCUUCCUGGCCAAAAUAUUACGUGCCAACACUCUGUUAUUUAUUUGUAAUAUGCAACCUUAUUUUCCAUGUUCUUUACUGUUACUUCAUAUGUCUCACAAAAGUAACCACCCUUAAGUUGAAUGCAAAAGUUUAGCAUGUCUACCUGCAGUAUGAUUGAUUCUCAGUUAGGUUCUUUUUUACCAUAUCUAGAAUGGCUUUGGAGGCUACAAAAUUGCAUUUACUUUUUAGGUCUUUGCAUUUAUUUAUCUUCUUUAUUUCUCUAUUUACAUUUGAGGAGGAGACGAGUGCAAUUGAUUUCUCAUAUGAAAAGGUUAAAAAUACAUCAGCAUUUUACAACAGUGAAGCAUGGUGUUAUUAAUUUGUCAGCAUACCAUAUAUAUCUUAACAUAUUUUGACAAUGUGUAAAGCUUCAAUGUUGUAAAAUAUAUCUUUAAUGUUGAGAAACAAACUGCACUCUUGUCAUUCUGAUAUGUGAAUAAAGGCAGAGAGAAAACAAGUAAAUAUAAAGAUUAAAAAGAAAUUAAAUUUUGUAGCCUUCAAAGCCAUUAUAGACAUGGUAAGUGAAAGAACCUAACUAGCAAUCAUACACAGGUUAUUCACAUUGCAGCUAAAUACACUACUAAUUGAAUUACCACAGUUAACUUAAGGGUGGUUCCAUUUACAAGACUUUUGAAGUAACAGUAAGAACAUGUAAAAUAAAACCUUGUAUUAGAAAUAACUUGGGUGCUGACAACAAAUAUUAUGGCCAGGAACUCAGAGGAUUGUGAAACCAGAUCCGAAUUGGAGGUCGACUGAGUCCUCCUUGCAAGUAUAUGAGCAACAGAAUAAUGGACAAAUACGUAGAUGUCACACAUGUACGCACAAGUUACUGUUACAUACUUUAAUUAAAAUGACUUGUAACUUAUCCAUAGAUUAAUAAGACUACUGACUGAAUGGAAGCAUUUCUGUAUUGUAUUUUGGGGUCCAGGGUUAAAAUCUUAACCUGGAGACCUGAUAUCCUGUCUGAGCUUUCUAGUGGUUUCCCUCAGUAUCUCCAAGUAUAUGUCGGACAGAACCUUAAAUUAGGACAUGGACUGCUUCCAGUUCAUUAUUCAUCCCAUUGUUUUCUGUUACUACAUUGAUAUGUGCUGUUGGUAGCAUCUUAAACAAACCAUAAAUAAAAAAUAACUAAUAACUAAAUAAAUAUACAAACAUACAAUUUACUAAAUAAACACAAUAAGACUAUUUGAUAUUUUGGAUGAGUGAAAGGUAGCAUAAGUUCAUUUUGUGCCCUACUGAUGUACUGAUGAUAUAAAUUUGCUUAAGGUAUGAAACUGUAUCUUUCACCCUCAUUAAGGACAGUGAUAAUGAUCAUUCACAUUCCUUUUGUCAUCUUGGCAGCUCAAUCACUGUUUGCAAGGAUUAGCAGAGCUUCAUUAAUUGGCAAAUGGAAAUCUAAUUAUAAUUUGUAUCAGUUAUUUCCAUAUUUUGAACAUGGAAAAAAUAGUCUUUAUCUCACUGGGUAAAAGUUUCAGGUUUGAAUAGUCUUUGGACCAGAAUGAUGCCCACAAUUUUACAGUUUAAUUUUUACACAACAAAUAUACCACAGUAACAAAAUAAAAUACAUUAUAUGUAGUCCCUAGUGUCCACCUCUCGAAAAGAAGUAACAUAUUAACAUAUUAACUGGUGUGAAUUAACAGUUCAUGAUACAUCCAAAUUUGAUUAAAUUUGAUAAAAAGAAUAGAAAUAUAUUAUUCAGUUUCCUAAAAUAAGAACUUUAGUGACAUAAAUAAAUAAAUAAAUAUGGUUUAUGAUGUUUCUAAGUAUGUAGGUCUAAUGGUAGCUGCAUUUAUUCAAAAGUACAUUGAGUUUUAAAAAUAUUUCUGAUAUUGGAUUUUGUUCCCAUGUUUGGGAGUAAAGGAGGAUUAUGAAAAGUUAUUCUUGAAGAAUUUUGUCAUGUAUUGUAAAAUUAACUUUUUAUGUUUGUUUAUAUUCCUUAAGAAAAGUAAAUGAAAAGUUUUAAAGGCAUGCCAGGAUGUCCAUUUAUCACAUUAGCCAACAUUUGAAUUAUUUUUUUGGUUGUUACUAACCCUUAGAAGUAAAAUAAGAAGAUUCCCAGGUAUUAAAUCUAUCACAACUAUGAAUUUAGUUAAAGACUGAAUCCCAGUUUCAUACUUGUCUCAUUACACGCACACAUAUGCAAAAUGAAGGGUUAUCCAGUGAAUAUAUUUAGAGCAAAAUUAGGUUUUAAGGAACUUGUAUUCACCAUUCCACUAAAUCAAUGUGUGUCAGGAAAAUGCCACACACAGGAAUGACAUACAUAUUUGAUGUACUCAUUAUUCACACAAUGUAGCAUUUUGUUUUUUAGCUAGUUCUUAAGAAGCCACUUCUGUUUACAGUUUUCUGUAAGACAUCAUCUGGUCCAUAUGAUAAGUAUCUUAGACAUGUUCACAAUCCAUCCAUGCUUCUGUUAGUAUUGUUUAGUCAAAUAAAUUUUGAUGAAAUUUUAUACUAAAAAAUUAUAUGAACUUGCAUCUAGAUUGGACAGUUUUAACUACCACUUUUCAUAAGUGAGCUUGUUUCACCGUAUGGGAAAAUAUAUUUAUUGAUAAAUGCAGGUAUCCUAGCAACCCACUUUAAUGGCAUAAAUAAUUUGAAUUUUUGCAUUUUCUGCAAAUUAUUAGAGUAGAGAGUUUGGAUUCUGAUGCAAUAAAUCCAAAUAAUUGAACCUGUUCUCUUUUACAUCAGAUGCUUCAAGUGCUUUUGCCAUGGAACUAAUGCAAGUCUCAGAGCCCUCUAGUUUCAUCUGACAAAAAAUUCAUAUUUGUGAGCUGUUUCCAGUAGCCUAGGUACUACAGUGUAAUUGUGAUUGUGAUCCUAGACAACUUUGAUGUCACUGGCAGCAUUUUCAAAGGUUAAAGGUAAAAUUCUUGAGAACAUCCUACAUUUGUUGUGCUAUGCAUACAUCUCCUAGAUUAUUUUCUUGGGAUAAAGAGUUUGUCCACCAAGCAGGGAAUUAAAUAAAAGAUAAUUAUUGAAAGACCGUCUGUAUCAGUUGUUGAACUUAGGUUCUAACUUUGACAUACAAUCAAGGUCUUUUUUUUAGAUUGUAAUUUCCAAGUCUAAAAAUUUAGUAAGAAGUUCCAUUUAGGGAAAACUGUUUAUGAAAGUCACCUUUAUCUUAUGAGUUAUUUAAUUAUGUGAAAAUAAAUUCAGUUUUAUAUCUCUAAUCAGAAAUAAUUUGCUAUAAGUUUUAUAUGGGAUUGUUUUAAUUUUCAAAUAACUAGAAUGUUAAAUGUACCUAAUAUUAAUCCUCCCAUAUCAAGAGCUAACAUUUAACUUACUAGAGACCCAUAUGCUGGGCAUUUGCUGUGCAUUUAAACUGCAUUUGAAGUGCUUAAUGUCUUACCUACUGACCUUAAGAAUCUGGAGUUUUAAGACAAUUAAGUUAAAAAAGUGGUGUUUCAGGGUAGCAUUCUAAAUUAUUUAAAAAAACUGUUAGUUCAGAACCACUGUGGCAAGAAUCAAAUUAGUUAACAGAUUAAGUAAUAUCCCUAGAUCUGAACUGAUAUUUUUAUAAAGGAAGAAAUAUUGCAUGUUUAAAAAUGUUAUACUGUUACUUUUUAUGUAUAAUACAUAAUUGAAUACAUAAUAAAAUUGGAAAAAGCUCAAAGACAGAAAUACUAGUAUAUGUAUUGAUUAUUUGUAUGGUCUAGAAACCAAACUGUCUUUAACACAGCAGCAAUAAAGGAAUUCAGAGUACUUGAUUUUAGUUCCUUUCAAUUCUGUGCACAGAUGCUGCUAUUUUUGUGUUUUCUGACAAAGUAUUAUAAGAAUUAUAAGGCACUUCCAUAAUUAAUAUAAAUCUUUUGUUAUGUAGGAUUUGAGGUCUUCAUGGCAGUGAGUCUGAAGAUGGCUGUCUUCUGGAUUGUUGCACUGUGUAGUCUGGAUGAUGGAGGCAAGAAGGACCUCUGAAAUGAUGAUAAACUUCUACCAGACUACACGGUGUAACUACCAGAAGACAGCCAUCUUCAAAUCUUUUGUUGUUAUAGAUAAAUUGAGUUUUAAUAAAAAUAAAAUGUUUGAAGAUGACAUAAAGGAUAUGCCAACUUUUAUAGGAUUAUACACAUGGAAUAUUAAAGAUUAGUUAUUUUGGAUCAGAUAUGUUUAUAAUAUUAGUUUUAUGAUUAAGCUAUAUAUUUAUGACUAUUUAAAAGUGCAAAACAGACCAUUUAUUGUUGGGAUUCCUGUAGUAAUGACAUGUUUGCAGUCACUAGAAGUUUGGUUUGUGGUGGAAGUUGAAAUAAAGUAUUGGUAAGUUUGAAUUACAGUAAGCACAUUAUAAAAUAUCUUUGUGAAAUAUAUCGUACAUAAUACUAAAUUUUCUAAGUGACAGAAAAAUUGUUAUGUACAGAAAAAGUUUUUAAAAAUUACUUUUAUUAUAAUGGACACAGAUAUCAUAUAUCAAUGUACAAGUGUGUUCACCAUGAAUAUCAUUGUGGUACAGUUUAAAAUUUUCUAUUGUGCUUGUUCAAAAUUAUAAGGCUAAAGAAUGUGAAAUCCUGAAAAUAAUUACAAGCUGCUUAACUGCCUCUAUUGUUGUUGACUCUAGUUCAGUUUCACUAAAUAUUGUAAGUUAAUUUAAGUUCAAAAACACUUACUUUAUUAAUAUAAUUAAUAAUUACACAUUAACUAUAAUUAAUUAUGAAAAUAUUAUUUGAAGUGAAUUCUAUUGUCUUUCACAAAAUAUAAUGCAAUUGUGCAAUCAGGUAUGGUUGAUUUAGUAUCACAGUUGAAUGAAACUCAUUGUGAUAGAUUAUGUUAAAAAUCCUGCUACUUUCAGAUUUUUAACACAAGUUGAAAUCAUGUUACUGACACUCAAAAGUGUUUUUAUAAGGUAUUUCUUUUUUGAGGUUCAAUGCCUUGCCAGGCUCCGAACAGAUUUACAUUGUUAAUUAUCCACACAGAAACAGGGGUGAUACUACAUCUGUUUCUGAUCAUAUUGGACUUGAAAACAUUAAAUAAGAAAUAGAAUUUGUAAAAUUUAAAUGAUAUUUGCCUGGAAGAUGUACUUUGAACAUAUUAGAAGUUAGUAAUUCUGUGUUUGUGCAAUUUAGUGAAUACUUUGUAAAUUUAAGUAAAUAUAGUGAGAUUCAUGUAUUCACUAAGAAGGGCACCAAGUCAAUUGAAAACCCUGAUUCAGCUCCAGUUUUCCAGUAUGACAGCAGACGUCUUUGACUUCCUGGCCAGAAUGUUGUGUGGUUUGACACUCCACUGUUCUUUGAAAUACACAGUUUUAUUUUUCAUGUUCUUCUCCAUUACUUCAUAAAUCUUGUAAAGAAUGUCCAUUUAUGUUAUCCACAAUUGUUCGGUUGAUACUAUGUUUUCCUACAGAGUAGGCAAGUGGGGGUUCAGUUCUUAGUAAAGUAACUUUUUUAAUUACCAAAUGUAUAGUGGCAUUUGAGGCUGUAAAAUUUAAUUACUUUUUUUAACUCAUUGCUUUUAUUUACUUUCUUUCUUCCUUUAUUCAUGUAUGAGAAUUAUAGCAAUGGCAUGGGAUUAUUAUAACAAUCUGUUUUUGAAACAGUUCUGCAGCUUUAACUGUUUCUUCAAAUGUUGCAUUGUCCUUACUGCUAAUAUAUUGUGUCUUUGUCUCAUUUUGUUUCUUCGUGAAAUCUUAGAACCAUUGACACUGAGAAACAAACUGCACACCUCUUUUUCUCUGAUGUGAAAGAGGGAAGAAGGAAAACAAAUUGAAUGAAAGAGUUAAAAUAUAAAUUAAAUUUUGCAGCAUCUAAAGUCAUUAUAGAGAUGUUAAUUAAAAAGAACUCACCAAGAAUUGGACCCCAGCUGCCUGCACCAUAAACAAACACUGCUAACUGAACUAUUAUGGAAAAAUAGAUCUACUUUCACAAGAUUUGUGAAAUAGCACAGUGAGGAGUGUUGACAAAUAAUAUUUUGGGCAGGAAGUCACAUGAGGGUCCACUACCACACUGCAAAAUGGGAACUGAAUUGGAGGAUUUUAUUUAACUGGGUCAGCUUGUAAAUGCACAAAUGGCACAUCUAAAUGGUAUGACACUUGAAUGGAACAAUAUUUAUAAUUAACUACAACUAUAUCUAGGGUAAAAACAUGGUAGAUAAAAGCAUUGUCCUCCGUAAGUGGAGUUCAGAUCCCAAAUCUAUGUCAGGAUACACUAUAGAGAAUUGACCCUUGUGUUAUACCCUUGUUCCACCUAGGUCUGGGUUCUAAUAGCUCUCCUUGCUGUAAUGACUACUAGUUUUUGAGAACAGUUCCAAUGAGGGAAUAUGUAAAUUUGCUUAUCAGAGAAGCUUGUGGUCUGAUGAGGCAUAACUUGUACAUAGUGCAGAGUUGUGCUUUUAUACAUUCUCUGAUGUGUUUUAUAUAGUUAUUCUCUUAAGCAUGCAUUAUGUCUGCAAAUAUCUCUCUCCCUAAUAAGUUUUGAAUGAAUGAAAUUCACUGCAUGACAAAACACAUUUAUGACUGUGUUUUGCUCAGUCAGUGAUAUGUUUUGAGCAAUACAUGAAGGAUGAAAUACCUCCCUUCUGAUCCCAUUUGCUAGCAGGUGGAAGCAGAGGAGGCAAUAUACGAUAUAAAAUUCUGUUCAUCUUAUUUUACUAAUUAUCUAUCAUCAUUGUUUUGGUAACACCAAGUUAUGAAAUAUUUGGACUAUUUGUUGGUCCAUCCUGGUAUCAGUGAACUAAGUAUUUCUUUCAUGUGAAAAUCAUGGAAAUUAGCAAGACUGAGAAAACCUAGAAUGCUCAGAAAACACAAGAAUAAAAUUCUAUACUAUGUAAACUCUCCUGACUCCUAUAUGGCAGUGAAACCUAAGCAUUAAAGGUUAAAGACAAAUUCAUAAUUACAUUUGCUGAGACAAAAUUCAUGAAGGCCUACAAAACGUACAUGGAGAAACUACAAACUCUAUGAAGACAUUUUGGAUCAGCAUUACACAAAAUACAGACUGCAGAAAGAUACAGAUUGCCCAUAUUGACAAUGUAGAGGCUUUUAUGUUUCAGUGUUAUGCAGAAUUAGUGACUCAUUUUAGGCAAAAAUAAGAAUUUGUAAUGCAAUAUUUAUAGGUACAUAAAUUCAAUCUAAAUUUUAACAUGAUGAUCCAUGAAACAUGUAUAUUGACACAAAGAUUAGCAUUUUCAGAGCCUGAAGUUUCAAAUUUGAUAGCUAUUGAAGUUUCCAUAACAGCAAGUUGUUUUGAUUCAAACAUACUUAAAAUGAAGUGUACAAGCCUAUAAAUACAGUCACUUCUUGUGAGACUCAAGGAAAAGCUACAUUGAGACUAUUGUUUUUCACCGAUGUAUUUAUCAUUUAUCACUAUGUCUAUGACAUUAUGUUUCCAUGAAUACAGAAAUAUGGUGGCACUGUAGCAAACGCAAUACAUUUUGCACUUUUAAACAUCCAGGUAAGGUUUAUUCACAGCAAUUACAACUUUUUCAUCAAGCAUGUAUUUACUGAAAAUUAUGUGAGUAUUCCCAUACAGAGACAGUGCUGCCAACAUUUCUGACGUUCUUUGAAACACGCCAGAAAAGAAGCAGUUUAUUCAUUCUCUUGGCUACAGCCAAUGUUGCUAGUAAUGUGCUCUGCUCUGUCCUCACUGGACCCAACUAUGGACCAUAAAAAUAAUUAUGUAGGUAUGAGUAUUGAGCUGUCACCUUUAAAACAUAAAACACCUUGAUAUUUUGUGCAUUAAAUAGAUUAUAGUCAUGAAUCAAAUAAUGUGCUAAAACUAAGUACGAGUUCAGACUACAUAGCGCAGUAACCCAGAAGACAGCUAUCUUCAAUGUGCUAAAACUGUAAAACUUUACAUGGGCCAGAUAAAAAGCGAUAGUGAGUCAUAUCUGGCUUAUGGGGGCUGUCCAUUCCAGAUUCAAAGAAACCUGUUUCUGAUAGUAGAUAUCCUUAUUUUGAUUCUAUUCUAUUGUAUUCUGAUAGUGUAUAUAUCCUUGUCCAUUUGUUUUUUCAUUUGUAUAUUUGUUAGUGUACUGAACUGCAACUUCAAGUAUUUCUUCACUGUACAAGUACUUCCAGUGAUCAAUUGGGCUUGUAGCAUUCUUCACUCACAUACACUCAUAGAAUGGGAUGUUAUAUUCCUGAUAUGAAUCCAGAUGUUCAUAGGUGGGAUUUUGUUCCUUCAUUUAAUUAUUUUAUCUUCCCACAUGUAAAAAUUGACAGCCCAUCUUCUGCUUCCAUUGAAUGUGAUCUUGAGAAUUUAUUUAUUCUUGAGCAUAAGUGUUCUCUUCCCUCAUCUCUGCUAUGUCUUCAACUUCAUUUGUAUUCUCAUUGUCAACAUCUGACAUGUAGUAUUUUGUCACUGAUGAGAAUUAUAUCAAAACAAACAAUAAAUGUAAUCAAAUAUAUGAUAAUUUUGCAAAGGCAUACUUAAAAUGUACCUUAGAAUAAAUGGCACGAGUGGGUGCCAUUGGUCUGACCAAAGGUGGAAAUAUUUAACUGCCAUGUGUAAUAAACUGAGCUUCAAGUGAUACUGACUACUGGCUGGAUCUAGCAAAAGAGGGGAUAACAUAAUUUAUCACCUAGAAGUAAACAAACAUUUUGUUCUGUAUGGGCUUAUAGACACAGCACGCCUGCUGGGAAGGUUAAGUGUGUGUUAGACACAUGUUACAUAUUGUUAGGAAACUGACAACAACAGCAUGGAGGAUGUAAAUAUUAAACUCAUAGGAGAUUUCAGAGAAGAAUUUUCAUACAACAACUUUAAUUUAAGAGUAAUCAAUAAUAAUUGUAAUUUUUAAGAUUAGUGUUGACAAAAGUUUUCUUUCCAAUCUCCAAAAAUGAUUUUUCUGGGUCAACAUUUCAUUUUAAAGAAUUCACUUUCACUAAUUUAAGUUUUACAAAUUUUUUUUGGUUUACCUCCUUUAUGAAUUAAAAAGUAAUUUAUUUUCUUCGGUACUAAAACUCUGGUCUCAUACCAGCAAUAUCUAUGAACCAUAUGUAAUGUAUUAUGAUUUAUAAUGCCACUACCUGUUGUUGCAUAUAUUAAUACAAUAUGUAUUGUAUUAAUCAUUCUUUGAUUGAUAGUUCUAAUGAGGGCAUGAUCUUCAUUUCCACAUUAAUGAGACAUAGAAAUUAAUUUUGUAAUAAAAAAUAUAAUUCCUUGGACCAUUUUUUAUUAGUUAUAAAGAAACUUUUCAAUGGUGAACUGAAUUCAUAUUCCUUCUAGAGGCUUCAUCAAUAUGCUAGUUGGUUCUCUUGAUUUUCAGAGAAGAUGAGGUUUGUUAUUGCUGUGAAAGAGAUGAUUUCUGACAUGGCUAGUUAAACAUCAAGUGACUAACAUGAACAACGGCAGCUGAGUAAUGGACACUUCUGCACAUCUACUGUCACAUCUCUCUCUCUCUGUGCCAUCUGCCUUUAUUCAUGCCAGUUACUUUAAAGAACUUUGAAUCAUUGAUGGUAUAUAUUUUACCAUUAUUCAUUAGAGGAAUGACUGGUAUCAUCAUUUUCAUAGCAUCAAAAAACAGAGAAUAUGAAUGGCCUGUUAUGUACUUUAUGUGCACUGUCAGUUGACAAAAAACAGUACUUAUAUGCUAUUGCUAUAAAGAUGGAUGAUCUCGAGUUAGGGUUAAUGAAUAAUUGGUAAUAACCUAAUAAUACUUGCAUUGUAGUAAACUAUCUCAACUACCUGUUAAUUUUCAUAUUAUAGUAUUAUUAUUGUUAUUAUUUAAUAUAAUAACAAUAGCAAUAACAACAAAAAGAUUUUAGUGUUUUGUGAAGUUAUUAAAAUUGCAAUAAUUUUGUACAGUCAUAGAAUCAAACACUGAAAAGUGAAUGCAGUGUCAUCAGUUAUAGCAUAAUUAAUGUUUUAUAAAUUAUUCUUUGUUAUAAUUAGGGCUUUCUGUAAUGUAUACUAUAUUACUGACCACAGUAUUAAUAUAUGAAAUGUUGAAUAGAGGUCCUCCCUCCUACAUACAUGAUGUUCUGCAAAGUAAUAUUACAGGCGUCAGUUUUGUAUUGAUACAGUCUUAAUAAUUUAUGUAAAGAAAAUGAUUAUAAUAAUAUUGUCUGUUGUAAAAUUCAUUCUUUAUCAAUAAUACUAGCCAUGUUA